UCUAUCUCCAUCUUUAUUUUAUUAUUUAUUCUUUUAAAGUAAAUAUAAAUAUUUUAUCUUGUACUUCGUUUUUGAUUACAUCUAUUAAAAUAAAAUAGUCCUUUUGAAUAUUAUAUAAAUAAAAUGCCGAAAAUACGUUCACAGAAAACAACUCGUGUUCAUAAAGAAGUUGUAAAACAAGGAAUUUUAUUUAAUACGGAUAUUGGACAACACAUUUUAAAGAAUCCACUUGUUAUUCAAAGUAUGGUUGAAAAAGCAGCAGUUAGACCAACAGAUGUUGUAUUAGAAAUAGGUCCAGGUACUGGUAAUAUGACAAUAAAAUUAUUAGAUAAAGCUAAAAAAGUAAUCGCAUGUGAAUUGGAUACUCGAAUGGUAGCUGAAUUACAGAAACGUGUACAAGGCACAGUCUAUCAAUCAAAAUUGCAAAUUAUGAUAGGUGAUAUCCUAAAAACAGACUUACCAUUUUUUGAUUUAUGUGUUGCUAAUAUACCAUACCAAAUAUCAUCACCUUUAGUAUUUAAAUUACUUUUACAUAGACCAAUGUUUAGAUGUGCCAUACUUAUGUUUCAAAGAGAAUUUGCUGAACGUUUAGUAGCAAAACCAGGUGAUAAAUUAUAUUGUCGUUUAAGUAUAAAUACUCAAUUGUUAGCACGUGUGGAUUUGCUUAUGAAAGUAGGAAAAAAUAAUUUUAGACCACCACCAAAAGUAGAAUCAAAUGUAGUUAGAAUAGAACCACGUAAUCCACCACCUCCAAUUAAUUAUCAAGAAUGGGAUGGUUUGACACGAAUUGCAUUUGUCAGAAAAAAUAAAACACUUUCUGCUGCAUUCAAACAAACUACAGUUUUAACAAUGUUAGAAAAAAAUUACAAACUUCAUUGUAGUUUGAAUAAUAAGAUAAUUACAGAAGGAUUUAACAUCAAAGACAUGAUAACUGAUAUUUUACAAAAAGCAGAUGCUGAAAAUAAACGUGCAAGAACUAUGGAUAUAGAUGAUUUUAUCAGCCUUUUACAUGCAUUUAAUUCAAAAGGAGUGCAUUUCACAUAAUUCAAAAGUGCAAAUAAUGCAAAAAAUUUAUAUUAAGAAAAAUAAAAAAAAUAAAUUAAGAAAAAUAUACGAUAGAAAAAAAUUUUUUUUUUAAUUAAUUUUAAAUGUAUUA